AUGGGUAAAGAACAUCAACAGGUAUUCGGCAUCAAGGAACUGUACCGCCCAACGCAAGAACCCGAGGUCGAUAUUGUGGCAGUUCAUGGCCUCAACGGCGACAAUAUCAAAUCGUGGACGUCUAAGGCCAAAGAUAGCUGCUGGCUAAAUCAUCCGAACUUCCUACCGAAGUACAUAAACCGAGGUCGAGUGCUCACGUGGGGAUACAAUGCCAAUAUUUCUACGCUGAUGGGGAAGACCACGAGCUCUGAUCGGAUCCUGCAGCAUGCCCAGACUCUUAUUGCUGAGCUACAUGCAGAUAGAGAUCUGGAAGAUGCCAAUGAAAGACCCAUCAUUUUUCUGUGUCACUCUAUGGGCGGGAUUGUGGUGAAGCGGGCUCUGGCAUAUUCAGCUAGUCGAAGUGCUGCAAACAUAUCGCAUCUCCAAUCCAUUUACAACUGCACCUUCGCCAUUCUGUUUUUUGGAACUCCACACAACGGCUCCAGUAAAGCUCGUCUUCUGAGUAGCCUGACCAAGAUUGCGUCUCUCGCACUGCCUAAUGCCGCUGGGCAAAUUGAGUCAGGCCUUGUGAACGCACUUAAAGAAGAGUCCGAAACACUACAAGACAUCACAGACCAAUUCUCACCGCUGAUCUCGAGAUUUCGAAUCUUCUUUUUCUGGGAACAAGAAAAGAUGGAUCUUAAGUACACCAAGGACUACAUUGUCGAGGAGUCGAGUGCAGCGCCGAUCCUAGACAAUACUGAAAGAUGUGGCAUUGCUGCGGAUCACAGAGAGAUGAUCAGGUUUGAUAACAGCACGUCACAGGGCUUUCGGACUGUCAUGGCUGCUCUAAGGAGGUACACUCGCGAAGCCCCACAGGUGAUAGGGACAAGGUUGAACAUCGCAGCAGAGAUGUUGAGUGCCAGUCGACAGAACGAGGCUAUGGAGCUGAUGAAAACCGUUCAGCCAUCCGUUACUUAUCAUAUAUCACGCCAUGAUACAAGUGAUAAUGGAGCAGCUACACAGCAUUCAACAACUUACCCUGACGUAUCCACAUUCGGAGCUCUAAUGCCUAUGGAACCUCCCCUACACCGCGAAGGCUUGCUACUUGAAGAUUCGGGUCGACGUGAUUCGUUUCUGGAAGACUUUCAGUGUUGUGCAAUUCUUAAAACGGAGGUGGACAAGAAGGCUGAGGAUAGACCAAGUGAUAAAGAUACUGAUGGCGCAGACAGUGCAAUGAAAGAUGAAAGUGAAGAUGGCCUUAGGGUUGGACUUAAUAGAAGAUGGAAUAGAUGGAAUUGGGGCAGAUCGCGGGAAUAA